UUUUUAUUAUUAUUUGCCACCUCUACACUGGGCAAAAAAACCCUAAAUGGAAGAUUUUAAGCUACUGGACCAUGUCUUUAUAAGAUUUACCCACAUUGUAAAUAGUGUUUUAGUUUUAUUGGACAAGAGCUGAAAUGAAAACUGACUUUUUCUAAUUCAAAACCCCCAUAAAAAUAGGGCUGCAUUAUCCUAUAGUAAAAUAUCUAAAAAGGUACAAUUAUGUAAUAAAUAUAAAUGUUUGACAACUGUUAUUUUGAUGAUGUGCUACAGGAAUUAAUGAGAUUACUGAGCGAAGGAAAAAAAACUGAAUUUAAAAUAUUCUGUAAUUAUUAAACCUUCAAAGUAAGACUUAAGUAAAGGGAAGUUACAGAUUUCCAAGAUGUCUGUGAAGGUAGUCCCAACCGUGUCAUAACCAUAACCACCGAAUGGGGGCGCUGCAGGUGCAAGACACAACUGAGAAAACAGCUCGAAAGGGAAACGGAAUUAAACGCAGCACCAACAAGUUACUUCCCGCGCUCAUGUGGCGUGUUCUACCUCUGGAUUGUUAUGUAUUUUAAAACUUAAACAAGCAAAUAUGGUCAAAUACAAACAGUUGAAAUGGAAAAUGUACUUUUUAAGUCCACGUGUUUGUUGCACACGGGUGUUUUUAUGUGUCGUAAGCGCUUGGUGAGAUUUAGUAAAUCCCUCCUCCAGGUGUUUUUCAUCAGCAGCAGGAGGCGCUACUCAAGGUGUGGUGGUGUGCCCAUGGAGAAGCCAUCCUCUUCAGGCAGAGCAGCGCUGGAGGAGAGAACAGGCCUGGUGGAGGAUGUUGAAGUGCUAAGAGGAGCUGAGGGCGGAGAGCCGGCUCGUCGGACCUCAAGGAAGAACAGCUCCUCCCGCAAGAGCUUCCGCCUGGAUUAUCGGCUGGAGGAAGAAGUGACCAAGUCCUGUCAAGACAAAUAUGGCCGCUGGAUCAAUCCCUGGCCCACAUGGCGCUUUCCCUCCUACGCGACGAUGCUCAAGUUCUUCUUGUGGGAUAAAAAUCACAGCAAUGUGCCAACUAAUAAAGAAGUCCUGGACUCUGAGCUCCCAGUGAUGGAACCAUUCUUUGUCCAGAAGCGAGACCUGUCUGACUCUAAUCCAGGUCUGAGAGUCACCUGGCUCGGUCACUCCACAGUCCUGGUUGAAAUGGAUGGAUUGAAUAUUCUGACAGACCCCAUCUUCAGCCAGAGGGCCUCGCCUGUCCAGUUCAUGGGACCUAAAAGGUUCAGAGGGCCUCCCUGCACUGUAGAACAGCUGCCCAGGAUCGACGCCGUUGUCAUCAGUCAUUCUCAUUAUGACCACCUGGACGCUGGAUCUGUGGCAAGCCUCAAUGCACGUUUCGGAGGGGAGCUACGCUGGUUCGUGCCCCUGGGUUUGAUGGACUGGCUGAUGAAAAUGGGCUGUGAGAAUGUGAUGGAGCUGGACUGGUGGGAGGAGAACUGCGUCCCGGGUCACGACGAGGUCACGUUUGUCUGUACGCCAUCUCAGCACUGGAGCAAGCGCACAGCUCUGGAUGACAACAAGUCUUUAUGGGGCAGCUGGACAGUUUUGGGGCCAGACCAUCGAUUCUUCUUCGGUGGUGAUACUGGCUACUGCUCCAGCUUCCAGGAGAUAGGACAACGUUUUGGACCAUUCGACCUCGCAGCAAUACCUAUCGGAGCGUACUUACCCAGGGACGUGAUGAAGGGCCAGCAUGUCGACCCAGAGGAGGCUGUUCAGAUUCACCAGGACCUUCAGGCUAAACAGUCUUUGGCCAUUCAUUGGGGAACCUUUGCACUUGCCUAUGAGCACUACUUGGAGCCGCCGGUUCGUCUCAGAGAGGCUCUGGAACAGAAAGGACUGAAUCCAAAAUCCUUCUUCACAUUGCAUCACGGAGAGUCUCGCCUCCUAACAUCUCAGGAAGGCGAUGUCUUCGAGUAAUCGUCAGUCCCUCCUGGUAGGAGGAUAUAUUGUAGAUUUGCAUCUGUAACAGAGUGAAGAACAUUUUUGUAGAUGGACUGUAGUCAAUUAAUUAUGACAUACAAAUGUAUACAGUUGAUCUAAGGGGAGUAAAAAGUAAAAAAAAUAUUCAAUAAUGUUUCCAUACUAAAUGUUUGCCCUGUCAUCACAUUGUCACUGAGGGAUUCACAAUAAUAAAGAAAAAAGGUUUCUUAAUUCUGGCAAAUAUUAGCUGGGCUAGUGUUGUAUGUACAGAAGAAAAGGUUUAAGUAGAUUAUCAUAAAGGACUCCUGCCUUUUAUUAAGUUGUAGUGGUUAUAACUCAGAACACUUUCUUACAUCUUGGCAAUUAUUUCAAUAGCUUUUGUUGUUUGCAUACUGAACAGACAAAACUUGCAGCCCAAGGCUGGAUCAAAGUAGCAAACACUGAAAUAUUAAAAAUAAACAAUUAAAUAUGUGCCUCUACCUUUGGUUUGUGGAAACUAAAAUGUGAACAGGUUUCUUUGUUUUGACCACAGCUGCAACUAAUCUGUUAUUUUCUCGAUUAAUCGAGUAAUCGUUUGGUUCAUAAAAUGUGUAAGAAAUAUUGAUCAGUGUUUGUAAAACCUGUUUUCUUCCACAAACCAAAAUGAUUCAGUCUUAAUGAUUUCUUUGUUAUAUGGAGCAAAGAAACCAGAAAAUAUUCACAUUUAAGGAGCUGAAACAAUCAGAAAUCUUGUUUUAAUAAUGAAAAAAGCUUCAAACCAAUUAAUCGAUUAUCAAAAUAGUUGAUUAAUAAUCGAGUAAUCGUUUCAGCUCUAGUUUUGACCAAUGGCACUUUUCCACUACAUAGCAUGGCACAGCUCUACUCUACACAGUUUGGUUUGUUUACCUCCUACCACCAGAUACUUGAAAAAGUAACGGGUCAAAAAAAUACAUGUGUUGAGCCAUGCUUGGACUAUGUAGUGGACAUAACAGUCAUAAGUUAACAGACUAUAGUUACUAUAGUAACCAAUGCUCUUAAAAGAUGAAUAUGAAUGUAGGAUUGAAUAACAAACCUUCAUGAUGACGCUAGAGAGGAGGCUCAUUCUCACACAGCUGGACACAACUUCUUGAUCUGUUACAAAGAAGAAGAAGAAAACAUUAGAAAGUUUUGUGAUUACAUAUCUUUUUUGCUGAAUGUACUCAGACCACCAUUAAACUAGAAACUAAAAAUUGUGAAAUAAACCGAGUGACUGCGUACGAUGCAGCUGAAGUGUCAUCAGUACACUUGAGUUGAGCUGGGAUGGAGGACGUGCUUUUAAUUCUCUGAAACCACAUCUGCUCAUCAACACAUGCUUCAGGGCACCAGUGGGUUCAUGUUAGUGCUGAUAGGUUUUUUUUUAAAUCUUUUUACUGUUUUACCUUUUAAAGCCAGUCUACCAGACCAGAUACUUCACAAUGCUGACUUUGAUGUUGUGAUCAAUCAUCAGGGCUUACUGUGGUUUUACUAUGUCACUCAAUUUCUCAUUAAAUGCAUAUUGCAUUUCAAA